UCUCCCUCUAACCUUCGAUUAGGGCUUUUCUCUGAAUAAUGACCUUCUCUUCGACGCCGUACCUCCGCCGCCGCGUCCGCCUCCGCCUCGCCAUUGCCGCUAAUGCCGAGCCGACAUCUCCGUUGCUAUUUCUUCCCUCAUUAUCGAACUAAUCAUUGUGAAAUUACAAAUUGAAAAAGGCGAAAAUCCUUCAACACUGCAGUUGUUUUGAAUCACCCGUGGAUUGCGUGAAAGGAUGCUUUGGAAUAAUUUGGUUACCGAAAUACUUGUGCAAUCUUCCCCGAGACCAAAAUGGUGAGCAAAGGAAAAGUAUCAGCCACUACACUAAACAGAUUCUCGUGUAUAGCAUUAGCUGGUGGCAACAGUGUUUCUCUAUGGUACUGCAGAAGGAGGCCUUUCGAAUAUCAACACGUUAAGGUAAUAUGUGACCAUGUAAGUAGAAAAUCAAGAGGAUACAAAUUUGUGCAUUACUCUUCUGAGAUGAUGGGUUGCCAGUUGCUGGAUGGCAGAAAAUAUAGGCAUUUUUUAUGGCCACGAAGAGCGAAAGCAAUUAAGUCAGGGAGGACUUGCCCUUGUUCUGUUCUUGGAAUGAGUUAAUUUUAUUCAGCCUUGCUACCUAAUUUCAAAGUUUUAAUGCCGACUGCUACUUUAUCACUGACAACUAUAUGAUGAGCUUUACAGAUUAGGGGAUUAACAUCAAAGAUUGGCAGCAAUAAAGGGCCUGCUCUAUUGUAUCGAAAUGUUCUGUUUCACCUAGUAAAGUUAUUGGAUUGCUAGUGACAUAUAUGCUUAUAUCCAGGUUAGGUUAGCAUCGUAAUUGUGGAUUAGCAUUGUAAUUGUGGGUUGCAACAUUCUUCGCCGAUAUAUCAGAAAAACUACAGCGCGUAAAGUGCAUGAAGCCUGACAAGUACUAAGCUAUGGAAUAGAUGAUUGGAAAAGUGUAAAUUAACUUUAUGUUGUAGAUAUAUAUAUAAUUUUAAACCAUUGGAUAAAUAAUAAGUUUGAGUAUUUAGUAAUAUAAAGAAUUUCAAAUUUGGAUGUAAUUAGUGAUAGGUUUUGUGAAUGAAAUUGGGAUUAUGUAUUCUUAAAAUAUAGAAUUCGUGUUUGGAAUAAUUACAAUUCAUUUUUUA